CUUCCGUGUCUUUCGUCGUCAGGUCCUUUUCAACAUGGCCAUGAGCUUCUGCUCCAAUCUGAGCUCUCUCCAGCAUCAUCGCCUCAACCGUGUCGCCGGCCUCCCACCGCUGCUCAACCCCUCGGAGCUGCAUGGCCUCUGGGGCAACAACUGCUCCGCUUUCUCCGACUCCUGCGUCGACCCGUUGCUCGACUACUGCUCGGCCGACUACUUGUACCCUGACUACCUCGUCCCUUACUUCUCCUCCUCGCCCGACAACCUCAUCUCCAUCUCACCCGACAUCUUCCCUAUCGACGAGCUCGAGUACUGCCCGUACCCAAAACGGCAGAAGCAGGAACCCCUUGAGUUCCCCGACUUGACUGCCGGAUUCCUCGAUGGGUACGUUGCCGACGAGCUGCCACCGGUAGAGCUCUCACCACCUCAGCUCAUGCUGCCCCCUCAGCCAGAGCCACAUUUCCAGCAGGAACGGUGCGGCUCCUGUGGAGGCAGAGAGAAUGGCACGAAGAAGCCAAGCGUGGGAGGGGAGACCUUGUCCACGCAGAGCUUAGCGGCGCGGCAGAGGAGGAGGAAAAUAACCGAGAAGACCCUCGAGCUUGGGAAGCUUGUCCCGGGAGGCCGAAAGAUGAAUACAGCCGAAAUGCUGCAAGCGGCGUACAAGUAUGUGAAAUACUUGCAGGCCCAAGUUGGAAUUCUUGAGCUCAACGAGUCAAUUCAGUUGGUACAUCUUUUGUUGUUUGGCCGAGAGCUUCAAGUUCUGCUCGAAUCACCGAAAAUUCAAGAGAAGCUGUAUGCGGAAGAGAAGUGCUUGGCGACGAAAGAGCUGGUCCAAGCCUUUGCAAAAGACCCGGAAGUGCAGUCGACAGACACGAUUGGCAAAGAGAUAGUUCAGCUUCUGUGUGCCCACGGCUGGAAUAUCUGAGGCAUAGAACGAAUCCAGAGAAUCAGCGGAAUGAAUUUUAGCAGUCGGUUAUCUGUUUUGUGUCUCUUUCCUUAGUUUCUUAGUUAGGGUUCUUGUUUUUUUGUUCAUGUUGCGGUAAUUUUUCUGAUAAUUUGUAGA